CUUCAACCCCGCAUUCGGUCAUCGCGACACCUUUAGACUUGCUUCUGGCACAUAUCUAUUUCCUCGUUCGACGAUUCUAAUAUACCUCCGCCCACACAAUGUCCGCCGCCUGCAUCUUCUGCAAGAUCAUCAAGGGUGAUAUCCCUUCCUUCAAGCUCUUCGAGAGCGACAAGGUCUUUGCCUUCCUCGACAUCCAGCCUCUUAGCCGUGGACACGCGCUCGUGAUCCCCAAAUACCACGGUGCAAAGCUCACCGACAUCCCCGACGAAGACCUCGCGGAAGUCCUGCCCGUGGCAAAGAAGAUCGCCCAGGUUACUGGUGCGGAGGACUUCAACAUCCUGCAGAACAAUGGCCGUAUAGCUCAUCAGGUUGUUGAUCAUGUUCACUUCCAUAUGAUCCCCAAGCCCAACCAAACAGAAGGUCUUGGUAUCGAGUGGCCCGCUCAGGCCACUGACAUGGACAAGCUGAAGGCUUUGUUCGAGGAGCUCAAGGCUAAGAUGUAAAGUAGUACAAACUACGGGGCGAGAUGCACGGCGGCGUCUAUCGACCCCGUGCUGCAGUGCACAUUUAAGCCCUGCUUGUACAACGAAUAUCCAGACGAAAGAGCAAAUCGUAGAUAGGGAAAUUCAUUCAUAACAAACAUCUCAUUGCUCCAUAAAAUAAACCGCAAUACAAUUAUA